UGAUGGCCGUCGUCACGCAUCUCAUUGCGACUUCGUGGGUCUCGGCGCCACAGUCGUCUCCCUCGUCACGAGAGACAGCACGCUGCUUUCAAGCCUCUGUCCGGAUCUGCCGCUGCGUGUGGCUGGUCGUGGCAAUCUGGUGCUACUGCUUCGGCUCGGCCUCCGCGAGCUCGGAUGAUUGGCUGAGAGCGGCUCGAGAUGAAAUCAGUCAGCGACGGCUCUUGCGCGUGCAAUCAAGUCUCACUGCCUCGUCGCCCUUCACUCUUCCCUUCUAUUCCCUCGCACCAUCACCAUGAUCUCGUUCGUCCUCGUAGCAGCAGCAAGCCAAGUCGUUGUUGUGAGGCCGCGAGGGCCCGGCGGCCUCCCUCAUCUGACUCUGGCGUCUGGCUCAGCAAGGUAUCGAGAGAGCGACUGUUCGUCUGUGCCCAUGGCGGGCUAUUCGUCAUCGUUCAUCUGCCCAGAUGGUGCCCGACGUGGGUGCCUCGCCGCCACCUCGUCGUAUUCCUGCGAGCUCGUCCAGUGAUUGAGGGGUUCGCACCCGUCUACUC